AUGAAGGUUACUGUUAUUCUCGCCACUCUUCUCGGCCUUGCUGCCGCCGUCCCGGCCACUCAGUCUUUCGAGGUUGACCUAUCUGAGCUGGAGGAGCGCUCCGACCUCGAGGCUCGUGGCAAGUGUGCCUCGCUGUACAGCUGCGUCAGCGGCCGUUGCAUCCGCAUUGUGUGCAACUCUACCGGCAUUGGCACCACCUGCACCACCUUCAAGGGCGGCAAGUGCUAA